CACGCCCAUUGCAUUGCAUCGUAUUUUUUGUGCAUCCUCUUGAACCUCGGCGCGUAGACGUAGAUCUGGUGCAAUUAAGUGCAGGUGCUAGUAAUCUCUAGUUCUUGCAGUAUCAUUUGUUUGAGCCGCGAUGAAGUACACACGUGGUAUCUUUGUUUUGCUUUUAGCCCUAGUGGUUAUUCAGGGCAGUGCGAAAAAUGAAGAUGUGAAUCAAAAUAUAUCUCCGACGCAGUCAGUAACCACCGCAACCACUGAGGAGGAGUUGGCCGAAGCUGGGGGCGAAGAGAUAGACAGUGAUCCGACGAGCGAAGGAGCAGGAGGAGGCUGUGGCUGCGGGUCGUCUGCUCUGAACAGGAACCAUGACGAAGAUGCCCUUGCCCUGGAAGAAAAUUCACAUGAUCAUGUGCAAGAAGAAGCUGCCUUGAAAUACUCCAGGGAGGCGAAUGAUCCAAUAGACCAUCCUCAAGCAAAUGUUGCUGCCUUUCCAAGAACAAAUCAAAUGAAUUUUAUUGAAGGAGGAACAUUUCAAAUGGGGACGGAUAAGGCCAAGAUCUAUCUGGAUGGUGAAAGUCCAUCUCGAUUAGUGACCCUGGAUCCGUACUAUUUUGAUGUGUAUGAAGUCAGCAAUUCUGAGUUUGAAUUGUUCGUCAACACAACCAGUUAUGUAACAGAGGCUGAGAAAUUUGGAGAUUCUUUUGUCCUAGAAGCAAGGAUAAGUGAAGAAGUUAAGAAGGAUAUUUCUCAAGUAGUUGCUGCAGCACCCUGGUGGCUUCCAGUCAAAGGAGCUGAAUGGAGGCAUCCUGAAGGGCCAGACUCUAGUAUCUCUUCAAGGAUGGACCAUCCUGUAACCCAUAUGUCUUGGAAUGAUGCUACAGCAUACUGCCAGUGGGCUGGGAAGAGAUUACCCACAGAAGCUGAAUGGGAGAAUGCUGCACGCGGAGGCCUCAACAAUAGGCUUUUUCCUUGGGGUAACAAACUGAUGCCCAAAGAUCAUCAUAGGGUCAACAUUUGGCAAGGGGAAUUCCCUAAAGUCAAUACUGCAGAGGAUGGUUAUGAAGGAACAUGCCCCGUAACAGCAUUUGAACCCAAUGGCUAUGGCUUAUAUAACACAGUAGGUAAUGCAUGGGAAUGGGUAGCAGACUGGUGGAACACAGUACACAGUCCUGAAUCUCAAAACAACCCUGUUGGCCCUGAUGAAGGUACAGAUAAAGUCAAGAAAGGAGGAUCAUACAUGUGCCACAUUUCUUACUGCUACAGGUACCGUUGUGAAGCACGUAGUCAGAACAGUCCAGACAGCUCUGCUUGCAAUCUGGGCUUCAGGUGUGCUGCAACCAACCUCCCUGAAGAUAUCCCCUGCAACAAUUGCAACGACUCUACACCUUGAUACUUCCUACUCCAGUUACAUGUGUUACAGCUGUCGCCUCCAAAGAAAGAAUCUUCCCCUAAAGACUACCUUUCUUCUCAUUUUUAAAGGUCACCUGAUAUUUCUCAAAGUCAUUCUUUAGGGUUAGGUUCAAUAUUUGGGUUUUGGGUAAGGUUAAGGUUCAGGGUUGAUUUUAUGGUUAGAUAAAGUGUAUGGUCAGGGUUGAUAAUAAGAAUUGUUAGAAUUUAGUUGAUGUAGGUCUGUUGGACAUAAGACACAGGUAGCAAUUUUUGGUUGUCCUAGAAUGGUUGUAAUGGGUAGCUGUAUGUAAAGAUUAAGGUCUGUAUUCUUGAAAGCAGCUGAAGUUAAACUAACUGAUCUUAGUCCACUGAUUGAUACAAGAGCAUGUGUCAAUCUCUCUAUUCCAUGUGUAUACAUGUACACUAUAAUUUUACAAGUACCAGUAAAUGAUUCAACAAAUUUUUUAAACUUGUGUAAGUGAAAAAAAAAUUCAUGGUGGCAUGAUUUUGUAAAAUCAUUUAGUUACAGAAUGAGGGUAAUAUAAACAUAUAAUGAUGAGGUUGACACUAAGCACUUCAUAUAUAUAUGGACUCGUUGACAUAUAAGACUGCUUUUCUUAUUUUUCAAGUUAAACAAAAUAAUCAUUGGUUAGACCCGAGACAAUAAAUGAAUGAAUGACCUUUACUAACACUGUUUGUUCCCUUUGAUACGUGAUAUUUGGUCCUAACAUAAUUUAGUUGUUUAAUGUUCUCUAAUCCAUGUAAUAAAAUAUGGAUAUAUUCGAACAUAAUCUCUCCCCCCCCCCCCCCCCC